GAGAAGAUGCAUUGAUGUUAGGCAUUAAAUGAGGUUCUCUGCUUUCCCAAUAGUAUUAAAUGCAGCAACUACACACCCCACCCACCUCUCUUUCUUCUCCCUUCUUCACCCUUCAUCUCCCUUUCUCCUCUAAUCAAAUGGACCAUUUCACCCUUCCAUCAUCAUCAUCAUCUUCUUCCACUUCCAAUGACAAUCCCCUCUUUAUACGCCGCCGCUCCUCCUCCUCCUCCUCCGUUAACAACCGUCAAGCCUAAUUCUGCCCCCACUAACUUCACCACCAUCGGUCUUGGCUACGCCAUCGCUAUCGCCUUUGGCUUCCUCGUCCUCUUCUCCACCGUCCUUCUCGCUUCCUACAUCUGCUGCCGCUCCAUCGCCGCCCGCCGUCGUCGCCGCCGCCUCGAUGCGGAAGCUGGGUACCGUAAUUCUCACCCGGACGACAACGGGGUGUACCUUCCGCGUAUAAUCUUCGUGGCGGAAGACGACGAGGAAAACGACGGCGUUUCUGGGCAAAACGUGGCCCUUGGGCUGGACCAGGCGGUGAUCAACUCCUACCCGAAGCUGGUGUACUCCAAGAGGAGCGGGAAUCCGGGUGGGACCACCGGAAAUGACACGUUGUGCUCCAUAUGUCUGUGCGAGUACAAGGAUUCGGAGAUGCUGAGGAUGCUGCCGGAUUGUAAACAUUACUUUCACGUGACCUGCGUGGACGCGUGGCUGAAGCUGAACGCGUCGUGCCCCGUGUGCCGGAACUCUCCCUUGCCGACGCCGCUGUCCACGCCGUUGUCGGAGGUGGUCCCGCUUUCACACUACUCCGAUGGACGGCGAAGGCAAUGAUUAUGGAUUGAUUUUUGGUUAGUGUAGGAGGUUGAAUUAUUUUUGUUUUUUGAAUUCACUGUGGAAAUUCUUGUUAUUUAGUGGUGUUAAUUAAGGAGGAGAUUGAUUGAUUGAUUAAAUCCAAUAUGUUGAUUGAAGAA